GGACCCAAUCAAUAGCUGGUGAGAGCACGAUAGAGCAUUCACCAUUCUUCGGAGUAAGGAACACAGAGGUAGAUAAACAAACAGGCUGUUUAGCAAGCAGAGAAACAAGCCAGAAGUAGUCACAACAAUUCACAACAAUCAUUCCUAUCGGACCAGUCAAGUACUGUAAAUCGCAUCGCAUCACUUCGCAUAAAAAAAACCGACGCAACCAAAUCCGAUCCAAUCAAAUCCAAUCCAAUCCAAUCAUCGCAACGCAGCACAAACAAGAAAAACGGCAAUGGUUUCCAUCGAAUCCUUCCGCGCAAUUGUUGCAGCUGCGACAACAGCUCUGAUCGCAACACUUUUGGUCAUGGCGACAAGCGCAGAAGCCAGAAACGCCCACUUCACCAUGGAAUUUAUUCCCACCUUCAAGAACGGGCUCCCCCACAGGUGCCACCCGAACGAAAUCAAGACCAUCGAGCACUUUCUGGGGGAUCUCUUGGCGAGAGAAACCGGCAUGGUCGAACACUCCGUCGAAUACCUCGACCGGAUGUACGACGCAGACGAGCACGGGGGAAGGAGCCACCGCGCCGUGAAACAUCACCACCUCAGCAAGGUCCGCGGGUUCGAUUUCACAUUUGAUUGCCCACUGCAAGAGGACCGGAUCGAGUGCCCGGACAACGAUUGGUGCCACGUCUUGUGCCUGGACGAAACGGUCCGGCCGGGCCACAAGAACCUGACGGACCGGGCCGCGGACCUCAAGGAGAAGCUCCACUUCUACGCAAAAACGCUGGAGGGGCCCUACAACGUCAGGUGCCUGGGGCACACGGCCGCUCUGGACUUUCACCUGCUGGUCAGCGUCUCGCCGUAGGGCUCCGGGGCGCUUCGGUUUCCAACCAGAGAAAACGAUCCAACACACGCACACGCUAUUGAACAACCAACAAUCAACACAUAACGCGAUCGAUUUCUUGUAAUUUCAUCGAUACGCUGUACAAGAUAACCAAAGAAUGAUAAAAAUACCAGGUGCUUGUAACCGAUCAAACACCACCACCAUUGGCCGAGACAACGACGGCUCACCGCAUGACAAUCCUGGGCGUGGUAUCGACGGGAGGGACCCAACCACGAAGCGGUUCGUUUGGGCUUUCGAUGGAACGACGAAAACACACACGGAGGAGGGAACGAAAAGGAAACACCGCAUCAUGCCGAGCAAUGUUCGUCCCGGGGGAUUCGAUCGAACACAAGCUAUUGCAUUAAUACCAGUAAUUCAUAAUUUUAGCACGAGCUUCACUGCACUACAUGUAACAAAACAGUACAAAUGGU